CGCUGGCGGAGCUCCCGUGCGGCCUCUCUGAGCCCCGGCCUGCGGCUGCGGAGGCCCCGGCAGCACCAUGACAGAUCAGGCCUUUGUGACGCUGACCACAAACGAUGCCUACGCCAAAGGGGCCCUGGUCCUGGGCUCGUCCCUCAAACAGCACAGAACCACCCGGAAGCUGGUCGUGCUUGCCACCCCACAGGUCUCAGACUCCAUGAGAAAAGUUUUAGAAACUGUCUUUGAUGAAGUCAUCAUGGUAGAUGUCUUGGACAGUGGUGAUUCUGCUCAUCUAACCUUAAUGAAGAGACCUGAAUUGGGUGUCACAUUAACUAAACUCCAUUGCUGGUCACUUACACAGUACUCAAAAUGUGUGUUCAUGGAUGCUGAUACUCUGGUGCUAGCAAAUAUUGAUGAUCUUUUUGAAAGAGAAGAGUUGUCUGCUGCACCAGACCCAGGAUGGCCUGAUUGCUUCAAUUCAGGAGUGUUUGUUUAUCAACCUUCAGUUGAAACAUACAGUCAGCUGUUGCACCUUGCUUCUGAGCAAGGUAGUUUUGAUGGUGGGGACCAGGGUUUACUGAACACAUUUUUUAGCAACUGGGCAACAGUGGAUAUCAGAAAACACCUGCCAUUUAUUUAUAACCUAAGCAGUAUUUCUAUAUACUCCUACCUCCCAGCAUUCAAAGCGUUUGGUGCAAAAGCCAAAGUCGUGCAUUUCUUGGGACGAAUCAAGCCAUGGAAUUAUACUUAUGAUCCCAAAUCAAAAAGUGUCAGAAGUGAAUCCCAUGAUCCCACCAUGACUCAUCCAGAGUUUCUCAACCUAUGGUGGGACAUCUUUAUCACCAACAUUUUACCUCUGCUUCAACAGUUUGGCCUUGUUAAAGACACCUACUCAUACCUAAAUGUGGGAGAUAUUUCAGGAGCCAUGUCACAUCUGUCCCUUGGAGAGAUCCCAGCUAUGGCACAACCUUUUGUAUCCUCAGAAGAACGGAAGGAGCGGUGGGAACAGGGCCAAGCUGAUUACAUGGGAGCAGAUUCCUUUGACAAUAUCAAAAGAAAACUUGACACUUACCUUCAGUAGAAACACUGCCAUUUUCCUGUGGACACACCCACUUUACAGGCUCUUGUUCCUGAUACUUAGUAUCUAUAGAGUUGGGUUGGAAACAGUCUGUUACAGUUGCUAGAAGCUUUAACUAAAAUUCAUCAGAUGAGAGGUUUUGGGAGGACAGCAAGGUGUGAACUGGAUAAAAGUUGUGAAGUAGUAAUUCUGCCAUAUGAAGUGUCCUGCCUUUUUAACCUCACCUUAACCCUCAGAUGUUUCAGGAAUUUAAAUGAUGCUGAUUACCAACAUGUAAGGGAAACUCAAUAUUCAAGGUAUUGAAAUGGCUAUGUCAACUCUUAAAAUAUGCCAAGCCUGGCUUCAAAUCAGUCUCCCUUCAGAAUGGGACAUGGUAUCUGUCUCUUACCAGACUUGCAUUUUAAAUUGCCCAGAGGCAGCCACAGUGAUUGUAAUUCAGCUUUCAGGUAGACUAUAACAACACUGCUAAGUGAUUCAGAAAUGUAUCAACAAAAGAUGCUAACCUAUUUUAUUUCCUAGUUUUAGAGUCUGAAGUUUUUCAUCAGUUUUCAUUGUAUAAUAAGGCAGCAUGCUAAAAUGCUUUUGUUCAGUUCUGUAUAUCUGAAAACAGCAGUGUGCGCUUUGAUGGUUAUUUGCAAUGGCACCUUGUAUGAAAAAUAAAGAUUUACUGACAUAUCUGGUUGUCUAAUUAAAUUAAG